GACACGUAUAAACUCAGGCAGCGGAGAUUCUCGCCCAUUCGUCCCCUCGACACAGUCAAGAUGGUACGCAAGAGCGAGUCAUAUUGCACCACCAGGGCGGCGCUGCUGGCGGUGUUGCUGGCGCUAAGCCUCCUGGAACUGGCCAGGGCUGCUAAAUCCUUCGUCAGACUGAACCUGGGGAGGAAGGGCAAGGGAACCGCAGAGUCCAAGAUCAUUGACAAAGACGGCGGGUCUCAUGGCGAGUGUGUCUACGUCAACGACGAGGGUCACCCUGUUAAGAUUAAGUAUAAGGAGACCUCAGAUGGCAAGCCCGAAGCGGAGUCCGACGACGAGAGUGUGACGGAUCCUCUUGAAGAACUCGAAAAGUGCAGAAAGAGUGUGAGGGUCGAUAAGACAUCCGGCAAAGACACGGAGGAGGACCAAAAGAAGAGGGAAAUAGACGAGGAAAAGUUCAAGAAAGAGAAGGACAGCUUCGGCAAGGAGAUGGGUGAUUUCGGGAAGAAGAUGGAGGAAGGGCGGCUCCAUAUAGAGGACACCAUAAGCCGACAACAGUAACAAUUUUCCACCAUCAGAAGGAAAUUUUUACCAAGCUCUUCAGCACCCAGCCGUUCUUAGAAGUCAACUCGCAGCAGAAUUUCUUGCCUGUUCCUCCUCAUACCCCAUUGAUACCCCAAGAGUUUAUGCAGUAAAUAUUUACUUUGCAAAUACUAA